CAACUAUUAUGAAACGAACAUAAAAGAAAAGUGUUACGAUUAUUACAAAACGGAAGGAUUAACCAAAAUAAAAAAAAUUAAAUUCGAGUGGCGACCCCUUUGUAUUACCUUGUAGUCCAAGGAAAUUGUUUAGAGUUUUCCCUUCGUUGAAAAUUCAAGGACAUCAUCUUAUAAGUUACAAGUUCUCUCACUUUCUCUCUCACCACAAUUUGUGUUAAAUUAUACAAUUGUGUCUAUUUAUAAUUAGUCAUGUAUUCUUGUGAUAUCACCUUAAUUUCUUUUAUAUUUGUUAGCUAGUCAAACUGUGAUCUUAUUUGCAGAAGCAAGUCAAGCAACGCUAUGGAAAUCAAGAAAGUGGUGAUGAAGUUGGACAUCCAUGAUGAGAAAGACAAGCAAAAGGCCUUGAAAGCAGUCUCUUCACUUACAGGGAUUAAUUCAGUGGAAGUAGACUUGAAGGAAAGUAAAAUGACAGUGAUAGGAGAUGCUGAUCCAGUUGACGUGGUAAACAAGUUAAAGAAACCCUGGAAAGCACAGAUUGUAACAGUGGGGCCCCCCAAAGAGGAGAAAAAGGAUGAUAAAAAGGAUGAUAAAAAGGAUGACAAAAAGGAUGACAAAAAAGAUGAUAAAGAGAAGAAGGAGAAGGAAGAGAAAGAGAAACAAAUUGCAGAGCUUCUUAGACUUUACAGAUUACAUAACCCUCCUGUUUACUAUUGUUAUCAAACUAUAGAAGAUAAUAAUCCUAAUACUUGUGUAAUACUGUAAUUUGCUAAUUAUGUGGAUAUAGUUUCCAAUACUGAACUGUUAUUCGUCGUUCGCAAAUUAAUGGGUGACGUUCACAUUUUUAAUUGAAAUGACAUUUUUGCCCUCGUGGGUAUUUUAUCUA